AUGCAUUUUCUCUGUUUCCACGGCAUAGGCACUAACAGCCAUGUGCUGGAAACCCAGACAGCAACUAUACGCUAUGAGAUGGACCGCCAUCAUACCUUCGAAUUCGUAGAAGGCACGCACAUUGUGCCUAUUGCUCCAGAGAUCAAUGGAUAUUUCCCCUCUGCAGACACAUACUUUAGUUAUUAUGGCAAUUCAGCAGACAGCAUAUCCCUCGCACUCUCUCAGCUAGAGCGCUACAUUGAUGAAGAAGGUCCUUUUGAUGGCGUUAUCGCCUUCUCGCAGGGGGCUGUCCUUCUAUCUACAUACUUGAUCAAACUGAGCCAGGAGAGGCCUGAUAAGCCGCUACCAUUCCGUUGUGCUAUCUUUUUUUCCUCCUCCAGGCCGUUCGAUCCACGACUGUUAGCGAAAGGCCAAGCCGCCUGGAUCGAACCAGAUGAUAAGGGUCCUCUACUCAACCUCGCUACGACACAUAUUUGGGGUACGAAUGAUAUCCAACAAGAAGAUGCCAGAGUACUUUGUUCAAUGUGUGAUGAAAGCCUUCGGUAUGUAUAUGUGCAUGAGCAGGGGCAUGAAAUCCCGGGGGCCAGAGCGAAAGAAGAUAUACAAGGAUGUGUCCGGGCUAUUCGGAGAGCUAUUGAGAAUGGAUCAACCGAUCGCUAG